CAUUUAUUUUGAGAUUUAUAAAUGUUAUCAAUAUUUAUUCAGCUAUAAAAUGGAGUAGAUAUUUUAAAAGAUUGGCUCAAAACCUAAUCCAAGCUCUGCAAUUUUCCAUUCAAUUAAUUGUCUUCCACAUCUUCCUCUUCUUAAUUCAGGACUUGGAUUAGAAGGUAUACGGACUGAAUUAUGGCGUCGAAGCGCAUAUUGAAGGAGCUUAAGGAUUUGCAGAAGGAUCCUCCCACCUCAUGCAGCGCUGGUCCAGUGGCUGAGGAUAUGUUCCAUUGGCAAGCAACAAUCAUGGGGCCUACAGAUAGCCCUUAUGCAGGAGGUGUAUUUUUGGUCUCAAUCCAUUUCCCCCCUGAUUAUCCUUUCAAGCCUCCAAAGGUGGCAUUUAGAACUAAGGUUUUCCAUCCUAACAUCAAUAGCAAUGGAAGUAUAUGUUUGGAUAUCCUUAAAGAGCAAUGGAGUCCGGCUUUGACCAUAUCUAAGGUCCUGUUGUCCAUUUGCUCUUUAUUGACAGAUCCAAACCCAGACGACCCACUUGUACCAGAAAUUGCUCAUAUGUACAAGACUGACAGGGCCAAAUACGAGACCACUGCUCGUAGCUGGACUCAAAAAUAUGCGAUGGGAUAACGGCAUUGUCCUCGGGUGUGUCUAAGACACUUUCAAUUUCAAUUACUUCAUUUUGCUUUCACUCCUAGAUGCAAUAUCUUCAUUGUGCUUUGGAUGAAAGAACAAAAUGUUGGUAAGGAAAUCAGUUUAAGUAGACUCCGAUCAUGUCAAAGUUGUCAAGACCGAGAUCUUUCAAUAUGUGAAUAUCUAUUUGUUGAAUUUUAGUGAGGGGAGAACCUGAAAUGUAAUUUUAUUUUUACUCCUUCCUGACGUUUCUUGUAUGGGUGCUAUCUUUUGAGUGGCGAAAAUUCCAGUGAUUAAACAGCAACUUUUUCUCUUUAUGAGACCAUUUUCCUGUGAUCUGUUAUAUUA